CUUGCUUCUGCCGAAAAGAAAGGCAACACAUCUUCUUCUUCUCCUUUGAAAAGUCCAUAGCUUUUAACUCAAAACUCCAACCAAGCCAAACCCCAAGAAAGAUCGAAAUCUCUCUCAAGAAUUUUUUUCCUGCGAAUCUAGAGAACCGUCCUUCUGGGAAGACAUGGCUUACGUCGACCACGCAUUCUCCAUAUCGGACGAGGACAUUAUGAUGGAGACAUCCUACACCGUCAACAAUCGGCCUCCGUUCAAGGAGAUCGGCCUUGCCGUCGCUCUUCUCGUGUUCGGCACCAUCGGCAUUAUCCUGGGGAUCUUCAUGGCCUACAACAAAGUCGGCGGUGACCGGGCUCACGGGCUUUUCUUUGCAAUACUUGGAGCCAUUUUGUUUAUCCCGGGGUUCUAUUAUACACGGAUCGCGUACUACGCAUACAAGGGAUAUAAAGGUUUCUCCUUCUCCAAUAUACCCGCUGUUUAGAUGAUAAACAGCCAAAUAUUUAGCUGCCAUGUCAAUCCUGUACAGAUGUUGCACUGAGUCUAGUACCUUUCAUUUUUGAUGUUAUACUUCCCUUUCCAAUAUGGAAAUAACGUGUAUUACUAUACUAUGCUGAUUGUUCUGAACAUGGGGCCAAAGUUCACAUUGUCCACUCAUUAGAUAUUAUGUUUCACCACAGACCCCUUAUUGUUCUCGUGGUUGUUUAAUCUCAAACUUCAUUUUUUGUACUCUCAGUAGCUCUUAUAACUUUUUUU